CUGCCUCCGGAAUGGCUGGGCCUCCCGCGGAGGGGAGCGAGGUGACCCGGAGGUAGCAAUUUCCAGGAGCCGCAGCCCCCGCCUGGGGGCAUGGGCCCACCCGCGCCAGAUGGACGAGAAGACCAAAAAAGAGGCGUUUUGUUAUUCAUUUACUUGCCGAUCCUGAGACCUCCUUGGGCCACUCUGUGCGGAGAUCCGGGUGGCGGCUCCCAGAGGACACAGGACGUUGAACUUGGAGACCUCCCUGCUGCGGUGGGGAGACAGACCUCAGCUGACAGAGGAGAUGGCCCUGAGCCUCAGCCGGGCAGUGGCCGGUGGGGAUGAGCAGGUGGCCAUGCAGUGUGCCAUCUGGCUGGCGGAACGAAGGGUGCCCCUAAGUGUGCAACUGAAGCCUGAGGUCGCUCCAUCACAGGACAUCAGGCUGUGGGUGAGCGUGGAGGAUGCUCAGAUGCACACCGUCACCAUCUGGCUCACAGUGCGCCCUGACAUGACAAUGGCUUCCCUCAAGGACAUGGUAUUCCUGGACUAUGGCUUCCCACCAGCCCUGCAGAGGUGGGUGAUUGGGCAGCGGUUGACAAGAGACCAGGAAACCCUGCACUCCCAUGGGGUGCGGCAGGAUGGGGACAGUGCCUUCCUCUAUCUGCUGUCAGCCUGCAACACCUCACUCAAUCCCCAGGAGCUGCAGCGGGAGCGGCAGUUGCGGAUGUUGGAAGAUCUGGGCUUCAAGGACCUCACGCUGCAGCCAAGGGGCCCCCUGGAGCCAGCUGCCCCCAAGCCCGGGGUGCCCCAGGAGCCAGGGCGGGGACAGCCAGAAGCUGCCCCCGAGCCCCCGCUGGUGGGCUGGCAGUGCCCGGGGUGCACCUUCAUCAACAAGCCCACACGGCCCGGCUGUGAGAUGUGCUGCCGGGCGCGGCCGGAGGCCUACCAGGUGCCUGCCUCGUACCAGCCCGAUGAGGAGGAGCGAGCGCGCCUGGCCAGCGAGGAGGAGGCACUGCGUCAAUACCAGCAGCGGAAGCAGCAGCAGCAAGAGGGGAACUACCUGCAGCACGUCCAGCUGGAUCAGAGGAGCCUGGUGCUGAACACCGAGCCUACCGAGUGCCCCGUGUGCUACUCGCUGCUCGGGCCCGGCGAGGCAGUGGUGCUGCGGGAGUGUCUGCACGCCUUCUGCAGGGAGUGCCUGCAGGGCACCAUCCGAAACAGCCAGGAGGCGGAGGUCUCCUGCCCCUUCAUUGACAACACCUACUCGUGCUCGGGCAAGCUGCUGGAGAGGGAGAUUCGGGCGCUACUGACCCCCGAGGAUUACCAACGAUUUCUGGACCUAGGCGUCUCCAUUGCUGAAAACCGCAGUGCCCUCAGCUACCACUGCAAGACCCCUGACUGCAAAGGAUGGUGCUUCUUUGAGGACGAUGUCAACGAGUUCACCUGUCCUGUGUGUUUCCACGUCAACUGCCUGCUCUGCAAGGCCAUCCACGAGAAUAUGAACUGCAAGGAGUACCAGGAUGACCUGGCCCAGCGAGCUCAGAACGACGUGGCCGCCCGGCAGACGACAGAGAUGCUGAAGGUGAUGUUACAGCAGGGUGAGGCCAUGCACUGCCCGCAGUGCCAGAUAGUGGUGCAGAAGAAGGACGGCUGCGACUGGAUCCGCUGCACCCUCUGCCACACCGAGAUCUGCUGGGUCACCAAGGGCCCUCGCUGGGGUCCAGGGGGCCCAGGAGACACCAGUGGGGGCUGCCGCUGCCGGGUGAAUGGGAUUCCUUGCCACCCCAGCUGUCAGAACUGCCACUGAGCUGAGGGUGGUCCUGUCCCCACACUGACCCAGCCCCACAUCCGCAGGCUGCUGUGGGGUGGGGCUGGGAAUGGGGCUUUGGCUCUGAUUCUGGCCUGGGAGAUGCCUCUGGGCUUGGCGGAGAUGGGGGCCUGCAGAGAGCCCAGGGCCCCUGAGCUGCCUGGCUGGCCUUGUUCGAUAUAGGGGUUGUCCAUAGCCGCCCCAGUGCCUUUGCCCUUCCUCUGGGGCUUGCAGGCCAGACCUCUCACCUCUUCUGUGUGGCUACCAGCUCUGCCUGACCCCAGCCUUAAGCACAGCCCAGGGCCAGAGGCCUUGCCAGGCAGUGCCUCUGUGAGCCUCCUGCGUGGCUUACUCCGCCCACCCUCGUCUGCAGCCCACCAAGCAUUCACAGCCUCCCUGCCUCCCUUUUUGGCUUUCUGGGGGUGACUUUCCUCUUCCCUUGCUGUCGGAGGCGCAGAGCCUCCUAGAGCUGCUGCUAAUCCUGUCAGAAGCUGGGAGGGAGACCUGGCUGCUUUUAAAGCACAGCCACAGGCCGGGCGUCUGCACCUCCCCCUUUGCCGCCUGUGUAAGCUAAUUAAAAUGGUUUUCCAGGAAGUGUGAGUGUGGUGUCCUUGAAGAAGUGGGCUGGGACUCUGCACAGAGGCAGGAUCCCAAGCUCCUGGGGAAUUGCCACAGGAAGUCGGUAUAUCGGACCCUUUCAACGGAGUCCCUGGGUGGUGCAAACGGUUAACACACUUGGCUGCUAACCAGAAGGUUGGAGGUUGAAGUCCACCCAGAGGCACCUCAGAAGAAAGGCCUGGCAGUCUACUUCCAAAAAAUCAGCCAAUGAAAACCUUAUGGAGCACAGUUCAACUCUGACACACAUGGGGUUGUGCUGAGUUGGGGUCGACUCGAUGGCAACUGGCUUCAGUUUUCAGUGGUAGAAAAAGGGUAUGACUGAGUUCAGGAUCUUUGCACCAGACUUGGCACUCUCUGUCCAACUCCGGGAAGUGGAUGCUCUUGGGUCAGCAUUAGCCUGGACAGGCAGGGUUUGUCCAUUGUGCCAAGGGUCCACAAAGAAGGGGCUGCAGAUAAACAUGGGCUUCAGGGAGAGGGAUGGGCCGAGGCAGCAGCUACAGGCUGGCAGGAAAGGCUUGUUACCUGCUUUUGACCUUUUGGGGUAUCCAGAGUUGGGGAACGUGUAUUUUAGGAAUAAAUUAAGCUUUAACUGCUUUUAUUGAUGGUGAGGCUGUCCAACCUAAUUUUAACAUGUCUGACAAGAUGGCAAAAUAUUGGCCCAGUGAUACUAGGACUCACUCUGCUGGUGAGAUUAAUAAAGCAGGGUUCUGGGAUACCCAUUCUCUAAAUUUUUAUUCCAUUCUGUGACUCACUUUCUGUUGAACUCUGGUAUUUUAAGGCCCACACAUCAUCUGUGCCUGGAGGUGGACUACCAUGACAACAGGCUGAGGGCGCAUGUUCUGUUCAAGGCUUGGAAUCUAGGCUUUGGGGCAUGUGGUUUUGAGGGGGAAGGGCCUGCUCUAGCCCAUGGAAAAGAAUCGCCACUUGUCCUUGGAUGCCAAGACACUGAAGAGUUGAUCCCAGGUGCUGUGAGCAGAGACGUGGACAAUGUGUGAAUGGACUGUGCCUUCCAUCUCUGCCAGCAUUGGCUCAGAGAGCUGUCGGAGCUAUGAAGGGCCCGCUGGCAGCCUCCCAGCCCCGGAGCGAGCAAGGGUCAGCAGAGCCGCUGGUUGGGAGAAAACGGAACAAGUGAAUGAGAGCUGGGCUGCAGGAGGAGAACAUGGGACCCAGGUCAGGGCAGACAGUGCCUCCCUCCUCCCUCUCCUGCCUGUCUUGGUACAAGAGACAAGCAGAGACCAUUCUCUUGGCGCAGACGGUGCAAAUUGGUGAGCCACAGGCUGUGACCAGUCCACCCAACACUGUUUCAGAAAUUUGAAUUGGUUGCCAUUUUUUUUAAUUGUAGUGAGUAAAUAUGUAAUAAAACAUUUGCCAUUUCAGUAUUUUUCACAUUUUACAUCAAUUCAGUGACAUUAAAUUACAUUCAUCACGUUCAACUACCACCACUAUCCAUUUCCAAAUGUUUCUAUCACCCUUAACAGAAGCUGUGUCCCCUAAGCAAUGGGUUGCCGAUAUUUUUACAUAGGGAGAUAGCACAUUAAAACCUAGAUGCCCAGCUUCUCUUGAAAAAGUGGAAGCUUGGUAAUCCUGGGUCCUCUUUCCACAUGGCAGGAAUGCCCGGGUCACAUGGAGGCUGCUCCUCUUCAUGAAGGCAUGCACCUUCUAGUUCGUCGGGGUCAUCAUCACCCCAUUAGGCUCACACACAGCCUCGUCAAUGUCCUUGCACCAUUCUGUUCCUCAUAAACCCUAAGGGGGAAAAGAAGUAUUUCUUUACCAAUGGCUCCAUCAAAGAGGAGGACAGGUCAGAGUGGAUUGCUUUGGCUGCAUCUUUCAUUUUG